CUUGCAAAUUUUCCUACAAAUUUAUUUUUUUGUCACUUAAAAAACAAGAGAAACGCAAGAAACCAAACUAGUAGCAAACAGAAAAACAUCAUCAUGGGAGAAGUAGACCCAGCUUUUGUUCAAGAGCAAGAACACAGACCAAAACUCUCAAUCAUUGAAGCCAAAGGAAUUCCCGUAAUUGACCUCUCUCCAAUAUUCCACAAUGAAGUUCCAAAUCCAUCUGAUAUUGAAAACUUAGUGAAGGAAAUUGGAAGUGCAUGCAAAGAGUGGGGUUUCUUCCAAGUCACAAACCAUGGAGUCCCUUCGAGUCUUAGGCAGAGACUUGAUGAAGCUGCUAAAUUGUUCUUUGCUCAGAGUUUGGAGGAGAAGAGGAAGGUUGCUAGAGAUGAAAUCAAUCCAACUGGUUAUUAUGAUACAGAACACACCAAAAAUGUUAGGGACUGGAAAGAAGUGCUUGAUUUUCUCGCCAACGAUCCCACUUUGGUUCCUCUGAAUUCUGAUGAAAACGAUGAUCAAUUUAUUCAAUGGUCUAAUCCAUCCCCACAAUUCCCUUCACACUUCAGGGCUAUAGUUGAAGAGUAUAAUGAAGAGAUGGAAAAGUUGGCUUACAAGUUGCUUGAGCUAAUAGCUUUGAGCUUAGGAGUUGAAGCAAAGAGGUUUGAAGAGUUCUUCAAAGAUCACACUAGCUUUAUUAGAUUCAACCACUAUCCUCCAUGCCCUUACCCUCACCUAGCUCUCGGCGUUGGGCGACACAAGGAUGCUGGUGCCUUAACUAUUCUUGCCCAAGAUGAUGUUGGGGGUCUUGAAGUGAAGCACAAAGCAUCACAAGAGUGGGUUCUUGUGAAACCUACCUCAGAUGCUUACAUUAUCAACGUUUGUGAUAUUAUCCAGGUUUGGAGUAAUGAUGCCUAUGAGAGUGUGGAGCAUAGAGUAAUGGUGAACAAGGAGAAAGAGAGGUUUUCUAUUCCAUUCUUCUUCAAUCCAGGACAUGAUGCUGAAAUCAAGCCUUUGGAGGAGCUUACAAAUAAGCAAAACUCUCCAAAAUAUAAGCCAUAUAAAUGGGGUAAGUUUUUUGUCCACAGAUUACACAGUAAUUUCAAGAAACAAGAUGAGGAGAAUCUUCAAAUUUAUCAUUAUAAGCUACAGUAGAGAAAGAUAGUUUAAUAAAUGUAUCACUUAGCUCAUUUACACAACCAAAGAUUGAUCAGUGUUUCUGAAAUGAGUGAGUGGCUGCAAUCAAAUUUGCUAGUAUUGAAAUUACUAGUGUGCAUUAUGUAAGAAUUUUAUCUCAGAAUAAAAGAAAAUUUAGUUAUUACCGUUCA